UAUAAUAGGCCUAUUUGGGGCCUAAUAUAAACACAAAACUUAUGAAGGAAAAAUCAAAGAAAUUUCUGCGCAGAUCUUGGGGGAUUGUGGCAUCUUCGUGGCUGCGUGUGUACGACGUUGCCACGAAGAAGAAGAAGAUGGAUUACCGGAACAAGCUUGUUCUUGCUCCUAUGGUUCGUGUGGGAACGCUCUCUUUCCGAAUGUUGGCGGCGGAGUACGGCGCCGACAUUACAUACGGAGAAGAGAUUAUCGAUCAUAAGCUUGUUAAAUGCCAACGCCGAAUCAAUGUUGCUUCCGGGACAACAGAGUUUGUGGAGAAAGGGACAGAGAAUGUCGUCUUUAGCACAUGUGAUGAAGAAAGAGAGAGGGUUGUUUUUCAAAUGGGGACUUCUGAUGCUGUUAGGGCUCUCAAAGCUGCUGAGAUUGUGUGUAAUGAUGUUGCAGCUGUUGAUAUUAACAUGGGUUGUCCCAAGGCUUUCUCUAUUCAAGGAGGAAUGGGUGCUGCUCUGUUAACUAAACCCGAGCUCAUUCAUGAUAUUCUAGCUACACUUAAGAGGAACUUAGACGUACCUGUUACUUGUAGUUUUAAAGACAAAGAGAUGGAAGCGAGAAGCGAACUGAACCUUAAAGUUUACGAUAUUUUCAAAGAGUUUAUGACAGGGAUCACAAAACUUGAGGAACUAGGGAAUGCUGCAAACACUUUUCUUCUACGGUUUCAGCAAGGACUCUGCUUGCUCAAACGCUCUCCAAUGCUCACUUCGUCCACUUUGAUCAAGAACCUUAUCAAGAGCAAUGAAACAAGACGGCUAAAAUCGUAUAUAGAUUCCGGCUGUAUUAACAUCGAUGAUGCUGCAAAAAGCACAAAGGCUUUGCAUACAUCCCUAUCAGGACUUUCUGACCAUCUGAUCAAAGCUCAAAGUCUGUUAUCUGAGCUUGAGCGUCUCACCGAUGAGGCAGCCCUUGCAAUUGAGACUGCAACAACAACACAGCUAGAUGUAGAAUCAUGUGAUGAGUUACGACAGGUAACGAGUGAUGAGGAGAAUGAGAUUGUACAUUUUCUUCAAGAACCUGAAGUUACAGAGUACGCUACAGUUAUUGCAGUGGUUUACAGUAUGGUGAAGCAGAACUACGUUAUGCAGGAAAAGAUUGUGAGAUCGCUUAGUUUGAAGACAUCAUUUGAUGAGCUAGAUACUUACACUAUGAUGUGGUCAUUGCGUCCGUUUGUAGAAGACUUCGUGGCUGCGUGUGACGACGUUGCCACGAAGAAGAAGAAGAAGAAGAUGGAAUACCGGAACAAGCUUGUUCUUGCUCCCAUGGUCCGUGUGGGAACGCUCUCUUUCCGAAUGUUGGCGGCUGAGUACGGCGCCGACAUUACAUACGGAGAAGAGAUUAUCGAUCAUAAGCUUGUCAAAUGCCAACGCCGAAUCAACGUUGCUUAUGGGACAACAGAGUUUGUGGAGAAAGGGACAGAGAAUGUCGUCUUUAGCACAUGUGAUGAAGAAAGAGAAAGGGUUGUUUUCCAAAUGGGGACUUCUGAUGCUGUUAGGGCUCUCAAAGCUGCUGAGAUUGUGUGCAAGGAUGUUGCAGCUGUUGAUAUUAACAUGGGUUGUCCCAAGGCUUUCUCUAUUCAAGGAGGAAUGGGUGCUGCUCUGUUAACUAAACCCGAGCUUAUUCAUGAUAUUCUAGCUACACUUAAGAGGAACUUAGACGUACCUGUUACUUGCAAGAUCCGCCUACUAAAAUCACCAGCGGAUACUGUUGAAUUGGCUAGGAGAAUCGAGAAACUUGGUGUACCAGCUCUUGCUGUACAUGGGAGGAAAGUUGCAGACAGGCCAAGAGAUCCUGCUAAAUGGGACGAGAUAGCAGAUGUAGUUGCGGCAUUGUCCAUUCCCGUUAUUGCAAAUGGAGAUGUUUUAGAAUACGAUGAUUUCUCUCGCAUUAAAACUGCUACAGGCGCUGCUUCGGUGAUGGUUGCAAGAGGAGCUAUGUGGAAUGCGUCAGUUUUCUCUCCAAAAGGAAAGUCUCACUGGGAAGAUGUGAAAAAGAAAUACAUUAGAAAGAGCAUCUUGUGGAAUAACGAUGUUAAGAGCACAAAAUACACGAUAAAGGAGAUGAUAGCGCAUCAUUCUUGUCUUGAAUUAGCAGAAGGAAAGUCUCUCAACAAAGCAGACACUUUGGCAGAUAUAGCGAAGCUUUACGAGUUGGAAGAUUACUAUUGGACAGUGAAGAACAUCCGUCCUCUGACGCAUGAUUUGGAUUAUGUUUUGUGAUACUGAAACAAAAUGCCACACUUGCUUUUUGUUUCGAGUCUUAGUGUAAUCUCAUUUUUAUGUUUUAUAUAUAGAGGGAUCCCAUUGUUUUUACUUAAAAGAAAUUAGAAUCUUUUGUACUGGAAGCAAUUACACUAUUGCAAACAUGUAAUCAUGCAAACUUAAACUCUGCAUGAGUCUAGCCUUAACCAUGCGGAAUUUGCAAUACACAGCAACGCUGGUACACCUC